AUGCUUUCUCAACUUCAAUGUGAGACAUGUAGUAAGUAUGAAAAUUUUAAAUUAGAAGAUUCCCAGGUUUCAUACUACACCAAGCAGAUACUGGAAGGUCUAAAGUAUCUCCAUGAGCGAAAUGUUGCUCAUAGAGACAUCAAAUGUGCAAAUAUAUUAGUGAAUGAAAAAGGUGGCGUAAAAAUUGCAGAUUUUGGAUUGGCAAAAGUGAUGGAAUUAAACACUCUUAUGAAGACUUCUUACUAUGGGACACGAGGUUGGAUGGCUCCUGAGGUUGCUAAAUGGGGCAAUCAAUAUGGAUUUAAAGCUGAUAUUUGGAGCCUUGGUUGCACAGUCUUGGAGAUGUUAACAAGGAAACCUCCACACGUGAUGGAAAGUGGGAAAUUGCUAGAUCUCCCUGAUCUUCCGUCAGAGCAUUCACGAGAUUUUAUCAAGAAGUGCUUGCAAGUUAAUCCAGAUGAUCGUCCAUCUGCUGAGGAGCUUUUGCAACUUCCUUUUGUGCAAGGUUUUGGCUUAUAA